CCCGCUCUAAGAACGCCAGCCGUGUGCCAACCCCCUUUGUUGAUUCGUCCCUACAGUUUCUAGAAAUGGGAUCUCUGGUCCGAGCUCUCCUCUUGGUCUGUGUGAUUGUGGAAGCCCCCGUGGCAGGGAAACAAGAUGCAGGGCCAUCGUUGGCCACCAAAUAUGGAAGCCUCCUUGGUAAAGCAGUCACAGUACAUGGGACGGAGCGUAGGGUGCACAAGUUUUUGGGUAUCCCUUUUGCGAAGCCCCCAGUUGGACAGUUAAGAUUUGCCCCCCCGCAGCCCCCAGAACCUUGGAGCUCCAUCAGGGACGCAACAAAGCACCCGCCAAUCUGUAUCCAAGAUCGAAAGGAAUUGGAGAAACUGGUGCCGUCCGACAAUGCCGAUCUCAAAUUACCAAAAGUUACAGAAGACUGCUUAUACCUAAAUAUCUUCACUCCCGCAGACAGAGAAACGAAUUCCAGGUUACCGGUUAUGGUGUUUAUACAUGGCGGAGGGUUAGCUAUGGGUGGCGCCACCGCCUACGAUGGAUCUGUGGUCAGCGCCUAUGAAGACGUGGUGAUGGUCUCCAUCCAGUACCGCCUUGGACUGCUGGGGUUCUUCACUACCGGGGAUAAGCAGGCUCCUGGUAACUUCGGGUUCUUGGACCAAGUGGCCGCUCUUCAGUGGGUCCAGGAAAACAUUAAGGACUUUGGAGGCGACCCCCGCUCUGUCACUAUAUUUGGUGAAUCGGCAGGGGCUUUGAGCGUGGCUGCCCUGGUGUUAUCUCCCUUAUCCAAGGGUUUAUUCCACGGAGCCAUAGCCCAGAGCGGAGUUGCUAUUGUACCUGGACUAAUGACCAAUAAUCCUGAGCAUGGAACUUUCAUCCGUAAUCUGGUUGCCAAUGUGUCUGGCUGCGAUCCGGCAUCCGUGGUAGAAUGUUUGAAGAUGAAAAGCGAAGAGCAGAUCUCACAGAUUGCCGACUCCAUGAAAUCUGUAACUUUACCUGGUUGUGUGGAUGGAGUAUUUCUUCCCAAACCCGCAGAGGAGAUCCUGGCCAACAAAGAGAUCAACCCCGUACCCUUCAUCAUUGGAGUCAACAACCAUGAGUGUGGCUGGGUCCUUCCAAUGGCUAUGAACUUUUCUGGAUUAACAGAAGGAAUGGAUAAGGAAAGAGUCCAGUCUUUACUGAACUUUGGAAUCUUGGGUUUAUCUCCCGAUAUAAUUCCUUUGGUGAUGGAAGAGGGUUUUGGUGACACCAGCGAUCCAUUAGAACUGCGAGACCGGUUCCUCGAAGUAUGCGGAGACUUAACAUUUGUUAUCCCAGCUCUCAAGACUGCUAAGUAUCACAGAGAUUCCGAUCUUCCGGUUUACUUUUACGAAUUCCAGCACCGGCCUUCAAUGAUGAAAGACUUAAAGCCGGACUUUGUCAAAGCAGAUCAUGGAGAUGAGGUUUUGUUUGUCUUCGGAGCCCCCUUCAUAAACGAUGAUGCCCUUUUCAGAGUCACAGCAACAGAUGAAGAAAUUUCCCUCAGCAAAACCAUGAUGAAAUAUUGGGCAAAUUUUGCCCGGACCGGCAAUCCCAACGGACCAGGUCUUAUAGAAUGGCCGGAAUACGGCGACGAUGAGCAUUACCUGCAAAUCGGCCUGGAGCAGAAACCAGGCGAGAGACUGAAGGAAGACCGCGUGGAAUUUUGGACCAGGACUCUACCUGAUAAAAUUCAGAAGAUGAAGCAGGAAAAGGAAGAUCAUGUAGAGCUGUAGCUUGUCAGAUUUCCAAAUGUGCUUCCAACAAACUAAACACAACAAAUAGAUAAACC